CAUGACUGAAGGCUGGGCAUGAUUUAGGACAUCUUAUCAUGCAAUUAUCAAAUACAUAGCUAUUUCAAUUACAUGUUUUCGUGAACCUAAGAAUCUUGAAUAAAAUUUAGACAUUUCCAAUGAAAAGCUGUGCAUGUAGAUCUAAAGGAAAGAGGAGAUAGCUUACCAUGCGGAUCCAAUGUAGUAUCUGUACUGAACUUUAUGAACAUGAUAGCAUUAUAUCUGGGCUACCUUGUGGCCAUCUAUUCCACAGGGAAUGUGUUCAGCGCUGGUUUACAAGCAGCAACAAAAGAGACUGUCCCCAAUGCAGAAAUCAUGUGGAUAGGAAAAAAGUUAUUGAUAAACUUUAUUUCGUGGUUGGUGACUAUGACAAUGGUGAAACAGAAGACAAUGCACCCGAAAGGAUAAAAAACCAGUUGGAUGAUGCCAAAGUUACUAUACGGGAGAUUAAGAAAGACAAAGAAGCUGCAAUAGAGAAAUAUGCAAAACUGCAAAGAGUUAUCAAUGAAAUUAGUGAUGAAAAACACAGUUUAAAGCUAUUGUUUGAGCAAGAACAAGCUAGUAAUGAAGGACUCCAGAGACAGGUUGCCUUCCUCCAGGCUCAACAGAGGGAUGCUCAGAGAGCAAAAGAAGAGUGCAAAACUUACAAGAAAAGGGUUACAGAGUUAGAAAAUGUAGAGAAAGUUGUUAAAGGCUGUGAAAGUGAGGUACGGGAACUGAUAUCCCAGCGUGGAGAUGGCUCGGGGAGUAUGAAGGAGCUUGCACAGUGGAAUAUCACACUCAAGGGAGAGUUGACACGAACAAAGAGAGACAAAAGAUUCAUGCAAUCUGAAAAUGACAAGCUACGCAUCCAACUAUCGAAUGUUAAAAAAGCAUUGAUGGAUAAAACUACAGAAUGUACUGCAAUCAAAGAACAGUUCAAUGAUUCUGAAAAUGAUUUGAAACACACUGAGAAGGAAAAUGAAAAGUUGAAGAAAAAGUUGGCACUGCUUAUGUCAUCACUAGGGUCACCUGGAGAUACUGCAGCAGGUUUUGCCCACAGGCUUAUGAAUGAGAGUCCCAUGCCUCUGCCCCCUAAACUCUCUACCCCCUCUUCAAGUGGCCAGAUAGACCUUGAUUCUGGAUCCUUUGUAGUGCCAUGUACACCAGAGAUUGUAAAACCUAGUCCAAAUACUCAGAUUAAAAAUGACUGUGAAAAUAAUGGAAUUAAAUACAUCAAAACGACAUCAUUAGCUAAUCCCUCCAAGAAACGUAAAGCUGAUGAGCCUGUCGAAAACUUUGUAGUAGGUUUAGGAAACUUGAAUUUGUUCAAGAAAAAAGGUUUAAUUGAAAACAGUCGCAUUCGUAAUGGCUACAAUGGUAUGGGUGGUCAUGAAAAAUUCAUUGAAAUGAGGAAAGGACCUCAAAUGAAACCUUUAAAAAAGCCAGUUCAGAAAUCAGGUCAACUUCCCAAAGCUUCAAAGUUGGCGAAGAAAAACCCUCCUCUCCCCAAGUUAGAUUUUUACUUGUCACAGAAUACAUCUGAUUAGCUGAAUAACCACAUUUUACGAAUUUGUUGUACAAGUAAAUCAUUCAUAAAGGAGGA